CUGCAAUACUGUAGUGAUGGCUUGCUCGAGGUCUUUGUCCUAAAAUUUCUUAUCUUAAAAAAAAUAGCCAACAUUUUUAUCUGCGAUUUUUGGAUUGAUUUCAUUGCAGCCAGUCUGUCUAAUCUCACAUAGGCAGUGAUGGCUAAGUGCAAAAGACACCAUCAUGUUACGUACAAAGCCCCAGAUGGGGGCUUUGGAUGGUUUGUGGUCGCCGCAAUGUUCCUUGUCUUCAUGCUAGUCGCUGGGGGAUUUUUUUCCUUCGGUGUCCUCUACGUAGCGCUAUUAGAUGCAUUUGGUGGAAGCCAGGCUGAAACAGGAGUUCAACGCCGUGGUGAUUUGCUGUUUAUUGAUGUGACCAUCAUGGAUAUUUAUGGGCUUGACUGCAGCCCAGGGGGAGCAGUUGUCAAUAAUUUCAAGCAACCUGAAAUCAAUGCUAUAAGUACUAAAGUUUGAUCACAGUGUAAAAAUAACAUGGAACCAAAUAAUCUUGGGUAGGUUCUUUGGUCCUUAUGGUUACUGUUUUAACUAAUUCAUUCUCUGCUUAUCUGGCUGAGAGAUUUGGUCACCGACGAAUUGCUAUGAUUGGAGGUAUCAUAUCUUCUGUAGCUCUGAUGGCGAGUUCAUUCGCUACAAGUCUGUCACAGCUCUACCUGAGCUAUGGAGUUCUGUUAGGAAUAGGUUACAGUUUUGUUCAUCUUCCCUCCUACGUGAUGGUCGCUAGGUACUUCCAUAAGAGACUUUCUAUUGCUAUGGGUAUAGCAUUGGCAGGCACAGGAAUCGGACAAUGUGUUAUGGCAUUCAUUUUGCAAACUCUCGUAGAUAUGUACGGCUGGCGAGCGACUUUCAUGAUUUUGAGUGGGCUCACAUUGAAUUUGUGUGUGGCUGCUGCCCUCUUACGUCCCCUCACACCGAUCGUGAAGAAAAAGAAGAAGAAGAGUAAGAAUCCAAACGAAUGUGACUUCUGUGAAGAAAUGGAGAAAGAACCAACAGAGAAAGAGGAACUGAUGAAAGUUAAUGGUGAUAAUUAUUACCGAAAUACCAAGAAUACGUGGCGGCCUGAAAUUCGAGUAGAAUUGGUAGACGAUGUGAAAACAAAUACUGUUAUUAAUAAAAACAAUAAUAAUAGUCAGCAAUAUCAACAGUUUUCCCCAAAUGAUGUUUGGCGCCAUCAUAGUAUUAGUAGUGAGUCAUCAUCUGAAGAUGAAGACGAAACAUUUGCACAGUCUACGUUAUUGGCAAUGGCUGGUUUGUCUUACGGGUCUGGAUUCCUUUGGAUGCCACACAAUUACGCUGAAUCAACUGAGAGUGAGGGUUCCGAUGAUGUCAUACAACCAGCUGCUCAGGAAGAAAUUCCUGCACAACCUGAAAUACUGGCGGAGAAACCAAAAUGGAACAUUUCCAGUUGUUUUGAGAAGUUUAAAAAGAGACUGAAGAAGAGCCUGAAAGUGAUCAAUCGAGUGAUGGAUUUCUCUUUGUGGAAACAACCUGUGUUCGUUGUAAUACAACUAUGUUUCUUGUUCCAUUACAGCGGUCAUGCUAUUGUUACAUCACAUUUGGUGAAGCGUGCACGUGACUAUGGUCUACCGGAUAUCCAGGGUUCCAUGCUUGUGGCAUUCAUGGGAAUAACACAAAGCAUUGGACGUAUUAUGUUUGGUUGUUUGGGCAAUUUACGUUGUGCCAGUCCAGUUCUGAUCUACAGUAUAUCCACCUUAAUAUGUGGCAUAUGUGCCAUUGCCAGCGUAUACCUAUUCAGCUAUGCAGGUCAAAUGGUUGCUGCCACUGUCUUUGGUUUGUUCAUGGGUUCCUAUAUUACAAUGAUCCCAGUGAUUUGCACAAAGUACUUUGGACCUGAGAAUUUUCGUACAACAUCUGCAUUCUCUUUCCAACUACAGGGUGUUGGUCAUGUGAUUGGAUCCCCACUGGGUGGUUGGAUGAGAGAUAUCAGUGGUGUUUAUGACAGUGCCUUUAUCUUGAGUGGUGUCUCGCUAAUAAUGGCCUCUUUCCUGAUUCUUCUUGUACCUCAUGUGAGUGCCAAAACUCAACACAAGUCUCCCAAGAAAACAAAAGGUCAUCACCUUCAUCACUCCCACCAUGAUUACAAAACAGAUGAAGAGAUUGAUUCAGAAAUCUUGCAACUAAUCAUCACCACCGUGUAAAUGAAGUGUAUUAGAUGAAACUUCCAAAGUCACAGAUAUAUGGAAAAGUUUGGUAAUCGUUUAGUGUGAAUCGGUCAAGUUUUUUCAGCGAACAGUCUUGCGUACUUGCUUGAAUUUAAACUCAAUGAAUAGUGUGCUGGUUAAAUCAACCAAUUUACUGCCGAUUGUCUAUAAAUGUACUGACAAUUAUAAAGUUAUUAUCACAAUAACAAUGUUUAUUUAUGUAUAUUGAGACUAUUUAUGCAUCUCAAUUUGAAAAAUGGAUUUUUUAAGUACUGUACUCACUUGUGUUGUGUUAUACAGAGGAUUACUAUAUGCUCUGAAAUAUACGGAAUUUUGUUUUAUUAUAUAUCUGCUUGUCUCCCCGAAGGCUGGUCUGAGUUGCCUCAAAAUUUACAUUCAUUUAUGUGCUUUUUCAGACAUUAGGAUAUUUGCUGUUUUCAAUAAAGAUAUACAAUGAUUUACAGCUAAGUCCAGCAAAGCUUUAAAUUUACUUCUUUUAGUCCUUGGUCUAUACAAUAUUUUAUUAUAUAUAUAUGCUCUAGCAUUUUAUUUAAUGUCAUAGCUUCUUACUUUAUAUUCUAUCAAGUCAGCAGCCAUUUUAAAAUAAA